AUGUCGUCGAGUGCUGCCUCCAUCGCUUGGCGAGCUAGCCUUCGGGCCCGCGCGCCCGCCGCUUCGCACUGGUCCCAGCGGCCGUCUGCGCUGCUGUCGAAGCGCUAUCCCGGCGCUGUGCGAUAUGCCUCGGAGUCCGCACCGGUACAGAAUGCGACUGCCGAGACGGUGAAGGAGGCUUCAAAAGAGAUCCCCAAGAAAGCUGGUCGCGGUUCCCGGAAAGCUUUGUAUGGUACUUCUCUGGCGGUCGUCUUGUUGGUGGGCUACAUCUAUGGGACAGACACUCGGGCUAGCAUUCACCGUUACGCCGUUGUCCCUCUGAUCCGGCAGCUGCUCCCCGAUGCGGAGGAUGCCCAUCACGUUGGUGUUGACAUUCUGAAGCUCCUCUAUCAGUAUGGGCUUCACCCCCGCGAACGGGGCAACCCGGAUCGUGAUGGUGCUUUGACUACCCAGGUCUUCGGAUACACCCUCUCCAACCCCAUCGGUAUCUCUGCUGGACUUGACAAGCACGCCGAUAUUCCCGAUGCCCUGCUCGAUCUUGGCCCAGCCAUCGUCGAGGUCGGUGGAACUACUCCUUUGCCCCAGGAGGGUAACCCCAGGCCUCGCGUGUUCCGUCUUCCCUCGCAGCACGCCAUGAUCAACCGCUACGGCCUCAACUCCAAGGGUGCGGACCACAUGGCCGCUGUCCUGAAGCAGCGCGUGCGCGACUUUGCCUACGCUGCUGGCCUGGGCGACCACGACCUGGCUGAGCAGCGUGUACUGGAUGGCGAGGCCAACGUGCCACCUGGUAGUCUGGUUCCGGGCAAGCUGCUCGCUGUGCAGGUUGCCAAGAACAAGCUCACUCCCGAUGGCGACAUCAACGCGAUCGCUCGGGACUACGUCUACUGUGUUGACCGCGUCGCCCGUUAUGCCGAUAUCGUCGUCGUGAACGUCUCCAGCCCCAACACACCCGGUCUCCGUGACCUCCAGGCCGCGGCUCCGCUCACUACCAUUCUGACAGCCGUCGUCGGUGCCGCCAAGAACGUCGAGCGCAAGACGAAGCCCUACGUCAUGGUCAAGGUCAGCCCCGACGAGGACUCGGACGAGCAGCUCGCUGGCAUCUGCGAGGCAGUCUGGAACUCGGGCGUUGACGGUGUCAUUGUCGGUAACACGACCAACCGCCGUCCCGAGCCCCUGCCCAAGGGCUUCGUCCUCCCCGCUCACGAGGCACAGACUCUUAAGGAGACCGGUGGCUAUUCUGGUCCCCAGCUGUUUGGCCGCCUCGUGUCGCUCGUCGGUCGCUACCGUACCAUGCUAGACCAGGGUCCUCCCUCGCGGGCGGCCGAGCAGACUGGUUCCUCCGAAGGUGAGAAUGCGCCCGUUGAUGUGACGAGCCACCCGCGCAAGGUGCUCUUCGCUUCUGGCGGUAUCACGACCGGUCAGGAGGCGCGACAGGCGCUGGAUGCUGGUGCCUCGGUCGCAAUGAUGUAUACUGGUGUGGUUUACGGUGGUGUCGGAACUGUGACGCGAGUCAAGAAGGAGCUGCGCGAGGAGCUGCAAAAGAAAUGA